GCAUCCUGGAGGGGGAGUCUCGCAAAAAUCAUCCAGAGAAAACGAUGAUGAUUGUCAUUAUGAUUAUGAAAACAGAUGCUAUUAAUACUUAAAAUUACAGACAGCAGGCUUCUUUCAGAGUUAGAAACAUUUGAGAGUCAAGGAUGGUGACUCACAGCAGGAUUCCAGCAAUCAGGAGGCUGAAGGGGAGAGUCAGAGGCCAAUCACAGCUACACAGGCUCAGCUUCUCAGGGGAGAGUUGAGGUCACUCCCCCUCAGGGAGAUGAGCCCACCAGCCAGCUCCUGGCUCUGGUCCACGACUUUCUAGCAGGUGCUUCCUCCUUGCACGCUUCCACGGACAAAGACCAAAGGCUACCAUCAGACCAUUCUGCAGGGAGGAGAGUGUUUCCCAGCUGGCAAGGGCCUCAGGAGCUGCAGCAGGUCUCAAGCCAUGGCCUGGACUUCUGUCCUGCUCAUGCUGCUGGCCCACCUCACAGGUUGUGGCCCCCAGCCCAUCCUGCAUCAGCCACCAUCUGCGUCUUCCUGGCUUGGAACCACCAUCCGCCUCUCCUGCGCCCUGGGCAGCAACCAUAACAUCAACAUUUACAGCAUUUACUGGUACCAGCAGAGGCCAGGCCACCCUCCCAGAUUCCUGCUGAGACAUUUCUCACGUUCAGACAAGCACCAGGGGCCCAACAUACCCCCUCGCUUCUCCGGAUCCAAAGACACGGCCCGGAACCUGGGGUACCUGAGCAUCUCUGAACUGCAGCCCGAGGACGAGGCUGUGUAUUUCUGCGCCAUGGGGCCCCGGAGCCAGGAAAAGGAGAACUGGAUGGAGAGGGAGAGAGGGGGAGAAAAGUAGCUUACAGAUUUGGGAUCCCGGGCUCUGGAGACAUUCAGACCCUGAACUCAAGGGCAGUUUGCUUUGCUCGGCUAGGCUGGCUCAGGAAGGAGGGUGGAGCACUGGGGCUUUGCAGAGCCAAGAAGAUGGAGCCGUUCCGCUUUUCCUUGUCUUGCAGUGGUGCCGUGAGCCCCACAGGAGGCUGGAUUAUAGAAUUAAAGCUGUUUUUCUGGGUU